ACAAGCAGACCAAGUUGUAACAGGUGUCAAGUCUGACGUAACAGUGGCAGACUUCUGCAUAAGAAACAUAGGGUCUUCUAAUUUGUGCCCAGUCUCUGAUGGUGGUGCAUGUGUUACCAUAUCCAGAAUAAUGUUGGCUGUAGGCUUCAUUAGUGGCAAUCUGGGCAGUGCAGGCUUGGUUAGCAUCUUGAUUCCAGUUGGUCUCAUUAGAGAAUAGUCCCUUAUCUUGCGCAUCUGAAUGAGUGACCCAGAUAAUUCCGGCAACAGCUGCUAUUUUUUUCCACAGUUGUGGCCCCAGAGGCGUGGAUGUCUUUAAUCUGCCAAGUCUUCCAAGUAGCAGACUAAACAGCUAGACCAUUGGCAACAAUGGAAGUGCCAGUAAAAAUAUAGCAAGGUUAAUUUGGGGGAAUGUUGACCAGAGUCAUGAGGACAGCCUUGAGUUCUGCCCACUGAGCAGAAUGACCAUGUCUGCUUUGGGUUUUCAUUGUUGGUGCAGAGGCUGAGCACUUGCAGCAGCCCAGUGAACACCAUCAAAUUUCAGCUUAGCCAAGCCAUCAGUUAAUUAAGGGCUCCAUUAAUCUAGUGAUUUUGCUUUGGGCAACAGUUGGGGAGCUGCUACUUUUUCAUGAUGGCUGAGGGGGCCCACUACUUUCUUAAGUAUACCAUUUCUAUUUGACAAGUGACACUUGGUGGGCAUUUCUCACCUUGUUAGUCAUGAAGUCUGAGUUUACUCACCCCCAAAUGGGAAUAUCAGACUGGAGAACCUCAGGGCCUGUAUGGGUAGUUAGGGAUCAGUUUCAACAAGAGCCCAACAGCAAACUAAUUUUCUCAGAUUUGGUGUACCUUGGGAGCUGUGUCAGGGUUCAGCAAGUCCAAAACCCAAGUAAUAACCGUUGGGUAGAGGCUGCCUCCUUUUGCCAGAAGCUCUAAUCUACAAAAGCAUCAGGCUCAGACUAGUAGCUCAAAGGGUUCAUUAGCGUUGUGGGGCCCUACAGGUAGAGAGAAUGCACCACAGUUCGAUUGUUAACUUCCAAAGCAGCCUGUUGGUUGGAGCCCCACUUAGAGGUUGCUGUUUUGCUUGCAGGUUAGCUGAUAGAAAGGAGAAAGUAGAAUGCCUAAGUAAGGCACAUACUGUCCAGCACCCAAAGAGUCCAGUAGGAUACUGGGCUUUAUUUUUGUUGGGAGGAGGAUAGGAGAAGAAACAGUUUUUCUUUUACUGCUGGAUGGAUGGAGUGUUGUCAAUCUAUAAACUUUACCUGAUGAGUAGGCCUCUGAAAUUUGCUGGGGUUUAUCAGCAACCCCUGCUGAUGGAGGUGUGAUAACAUUGCAGUCAGCCUUUGAGACUGAGACUUUUGAUUUACCAGUGAACAGGAUAUCAUCAAUAUAUAACAUAAACUAGACAUCAGAAGAUUAGAGACACUGCACUAAAUCCUGACCUCACCACUAGCGGCAAAUGUCAGGGAGGUUUGCAGGUUUGCUCCACUGUUCUGUUAGCUUUUCUUCCCAGUUGGGGUGAUUCCCUGUGGUACUUAUGGGAUGAAGAAGUAUAAAUGCACUUCCUGCUAUACAUUCACAUGUUGAAGCAACAACAGUAUACAUAGAAUCAGCCGUACCACAAGGUCAGGAUAGCGUCCCUUUCCUGCUGUGAACCAUGCCCAAACCCCAUCAGUUAAAAAAUGCAAGUCCAUCCUCUCCCCAUGGAAAAGUGGUAUGGUGAGUUUGGCACCUUAAUCUGACAUAGCCAUGGAAGCUUGAGUCCUCCCAUUCCUGAGUUUUCUCCAGUAUACUUGGAUGAGUAUAUUGCUUUCAGUCCCCUUUGGGAAUAGGGAGAAUUUGGCUCCACUCCUAAUUAUCUUUCUCCUAAUUAUCUUUCUCCUAAAAGCACUGAAGUGAAAGGAGAGGGUAGAGGAGGAAGAGAUGUGGAGGGAGAAAAGUGACUGUGCCAAUAAGUAAGGCACAUUUACUUUUGGUUUCAAGCCAGCACAGAAGCUGCACGUGGCUUGACUAAACAAACCUCCAGUGUUUUCAGCCCACCCAAUGACCUCAGUCAGUGUAACGUCAUCCCUGCUGACACCGAUCUAUUUCAGCUUCGGGGAUUCCUUGAUUCAUUGGCUCCCUGCAUAUUACUUUGCAUUUGGGGUUGUGAGGUUUAUGUCCUUUUUGACUUGACUCAGGUUUGACUUGGACAGUAGUGACUAAAGAGUACACCUUGGCCAGGCGCAGUGGCUCACGCCCAUAAUCCUAGAACUUUGAGAGGCCAAGGUGGGAGGAUCACUUGAGCUCAGGAGUUUGAGACCAGCCUGAGCAACAUAGUGAGACCUUGUCUCUCUACCCCCACCAAAAAAAAAAAAAAAAUUACACCUUAAUUCUGGACAUUGCUGCCCUGUUGUUAUUCUUUUGCCUGGUUUUAACAUAAAGGUUAGGGAGCUUUUCAGCAGCAUUGACCACAAGAAUUCAUAUUACUUUGGAUCCUUUUCUCAUUCCCCGGUGAGAAUCUUCAUCAGCAUUGUAAACCCAAUUGGACUGGAAGGCUCUAUAUAUUCAUUAUCUUAUUUAUGGUUUCCCAUAGGAGUUUGUCUCAAAGACAUCUCUCAAAGAGGGCCCUUAUAGAAGCCAAGACUGACUGCAAAAAAAACUUGGGAGACCUUUUACUGUCCUCUCCAAAUGAAUCAAAGGUGGACAUGAUAAACUACAGGAAGGACGGAGCCCAAAGCUGGCCCAGGAACAAAGAAAACUCAGCUCCCUUAGAGGAAAAUACCACAGGAAAAAAUGAGGCCAAAAAAAGGAAGAUUGCAGAAACUUCAAAUGUUAUCACUGAGUCAUUGCCAUCUGCAGAAUCAGAACCUGUUGAAAUUGAGGUAGAGAUUGCCGAAGGCACCAUUGAAGUGGAAGAUGAAGGCAUCGAAACAUUAGAGGGAGUGGCUUCUGCCAAGCAGUCCGUAAAGUACAUACAGAGCACAGGUUCCUCUGAUGAUUCUGCUCUAGCACUGUUGGCAGAUAUUACCAGCAAGUACCGUCAAGGUGACAGAAAAGGGCAGAUUAAAGAAGAUGGCUGUCCAUCUGACCCCACGAGCAAACAGGAACACAUGAAAUCACACUCCACUGAGAGUUUCAAGUGUGAAAUAUGCAAUAAACGAUAUCUUCGAGAGAGCGCAUGGAAACAGCACCUAAAUUGUUACCACCUUGAAGAAGGUGGAGUCAGUAAGAAGCAAAGAACUGGGAAAAAAAUUCAUGUAUGUCAGUACUGUGAGAAACAGUUUGACCAUUUUGGACAUUUUAAAGAACAUCUUCGAAAACAUACAGGUGAAAAACCUUUUGAAUGUCCAAAUUGUCAUGAACGAUUUGCUAGAAAUAGCACUCUCAAAUGUCACCUCACUGCAUGCCAAACUGGAGUAGGGGCAAAAAAAGGAAGGAAGAAGCUCUACGAAUGCCAGGUCUGCAACAGUGUGUUCAACAGCUGGGACCAGUUCAAAGAUCAUUUGGUAAUACACACUGGAGAUAAACCCAACCAUUGUACUUUAUGUGAUUUGUGGUUUAUGCAAGGAAAUGAAUUAAGGAGGCAUCUCAGUGAUGCUCACAAUAUUUCAGAGCGUCUAGUAACGGAAGAAGUUCUUUCAGUAGAAACACAUGUGCAAACUGAACCUGUAACAUCAAUGACUAUUAUAGAACAAGUUGGGAAGGUGCAUGUGCUACCAUUGCUUCAGGUUCAGGUGGAUUCAGCACAAGUGACUGUGGAACAAGUCCAUCCAGAUCUGCUCCAGGACAGCCAGGUGCACGAUUCACACAUGAGUGAGCUUCCAGAGCAGGUCCAAGUGAGUUAUCUAGAAGUGGGCCGAAUUCAGACUGAAGAAGGUACUGAAGUACAUGUAGAGGAGCUGCAUGUUGAAAGGGUCAAUCAAAUGCCAGUGGAAGUACAAACUGAACUUCUAGAAGCAGAUUUGGACCACGUGACCCCAGAAAUCAUGAACCAAGAGGAGAGAGAGUCUAGCCAAGCAGAUGCUGCUGAGGCUGCCAGGGAAGAUCACGAAGAUGCUGAGGAUUUAGAGACCAAGCCAACAGUGGAUUCUGAAGCAGAAAAGGCAGAGAAUGAGGACAGAACAGCUAUGCCAGUUUUAGAAUGAAAUUACACAUGAAUAUAUUUUUAAAUUUACUUGUUGGGUUUUUGAACUGAUUAUGGGCAGUAUGAUUGUCCUUAAGCCUAACAGACAAGUGGACCAAAGUUAAGCUGUUUCCUGUUGUGCUGAACUGUUUUCUGUUGAAACACAUUGAUUCCCCUCCCCCUACUUAAUGCCACAGAGGAGGGAUCUUUUCCAUAACUGAAGGGGAGUUUUGAGAAGUAUAUUUCUGGAAACUUAAAUGGAUUAUAUUCUUAUUAUAUAGUUGGGUACGAAUGUAUCUAUUUUCAUUGUGGUAAAAGUUCUUCCUUUUCUCUUUCCCAGGUCAUGUUCUUCCUCAAAUUUUUUCCAUAUUGUAAAAUCAAACUUAAAUCAUUAGAAUACAAGUUUAUGUAUUCUAAUGCAUGUUAGAAAAUUGAAUAAUAUAGGAAACACAAGGCUGCAUGAUGAAAAGUGCAUUGUUACUGUGCAGUUAAAUUUUGGCUUCUGGCUUUCUUUAGUUUGAGCAAACGUUCUUGUCUACCCCAGUAGUCACAGAUGCCAUCUUUGCAACAGAGAGAGUGGUGGUGGCAAAAUUUCUAGAAUGUUAAAAAAAAAAAAAAAAUCCACACCCAUGUGCCUUCUCAAAACCAACUGAACUUCUAUAAAGCAUCUCUGGUUCUUUCAAAGUUUGUGUUGUAAGGAGCAAUGUAGAUGAUGCUAUAAUACUUUAUAUUUUUGCUUAUAAUGACAACCACCAGUUCUUUUUCACUUAAGUUAGGUUGAGAAAUUUUAUUUAAUGGCCACUGAAGGGCCAUUUUCAAUUGGGAAAAUUUAUUUACAUCUGUGGUAAACUUUAUUUUGAUGAAAAGUUGCACUAGUAUUUUACCACCAGAUGAGAAAAAGAUGAGCAGCAUUUAAAAAUUAAUGUAUUUAAAAUAAAGUACAGAGAAAGACAUGUAUAUAAUUAUCAGGCUUUGUUUUGAAUGGAAUCUUUUCCCCCGAUUCUUAAUGUAAAGAUCUUGUGCUAUAACUUUUAAAGCCAUACAAAUAAGAGUGCUAAACUGUGGACUUAAAAGUAGGUGUGUAAAUAUUUUUAAUCAGUAUUACUUGGAAAAUAAAAUAUAGCAAACCCAUAAACCAAUAUGCUAUUUUCUUUACCUGUUAAAUAUUGGGAGUUCUUUACAUUUUUUAAGUAAACUUUAAAAUUAUGUG